AUGGAUCUCACAGAUGAUAGUCCAGAUGGAGAGGUUAAAAUCCACAAGAAAGAUUUCCAUCACCCAUAUACUCCCUAUCCAAUCCAAGAAAAAUUCAUGCAAACCGUAUACGAUGUUUUGGAACAGGGAAAAAUCGGGAUUCUAGAAAGUCCAACGGGUACGGGCAAGAGUCUGAGUUUGAUUUGUGGUAGUUUGACUUGGUUGAGGGAUUUUAAGAGGAAGGAAUUUGAGGGGAUUUUGAAUGAUGGGUUUGAAAAUUCAGAGGAGCCGGAGUGGAUGAUUGAGGCGGCGAAGGUGAGGAAGAAGAGGGAGCUGAUUGGUAGGAGGGAGGAGAUGGAGAGGAAGUUGGGGAGGAUUAGGGAGAGGGAGAGAUGUGAGAGGGAUAGGAUGAGUGGGAAUGGCAAUGGGAAUAUGAGGGGUGGGAAGAGGAGGAAGGUGGGAGGAGAUGGGGAAGGAGAUCUCGUGGGAGGAAGUAAUGGCAGUAAUGAGGACGAAUUUUUAUUAGAGGACUGGGAAAGUGAUGGGGAGAUUGGUGGUAGCGGGAAGAAGAAAACUGGAGACGAGGCAAUCUUCUCUAAAGAGACGUUGGAGUUAAAGAAGAGUAUAGGGAUGUGGAAGUUCCCGUCACCCAUGCCACUAGAAGAAUUUCCAUCAAAGACCACAGAAAAAGAUAAAGAUAACCUCCAUGAACACCUCAGACACCUUCCCCUCGGUUCACGCAAAAAUCUCUGCAUCAAUCCUAAAGUAAAUAAACUCAACUCAGUAACAGCAAUAAACGAACGUUGUGCCGAACUUCAACAAUCUUCAACCCCAAAAGAACACAAAUGUCCUCAUCUUCCAAAUAAAGAUAAUAAGCCCCUCGUCAGUACUUUUCGCGAUCAUGCAUUAGCUACCAUCCGCGAUAUCGAAGAUAUGGGAGCUCUAGGAAAAGAAAUCUCAAUUUGUCCAUACUAUGCCUCACGAUCUGCUAUCAAACCCGCGGAAAUCGUUACGCUUCCCUAUCCCUUGCUUUUGCAAAAAAGCGCUAGAGAAGCAUUGGGUAUUAGUCUUAAAGGACAUGUUGUGAUAAUAGAUGAAGCGCAUAAUUUGAUGGAUGCGAUAGCGGGGAUUUAUGGGACGGAGAUGUCGUUGAAGGAGUUGAAAUUGGCGAAAGAGAUGUUGGGUAAUUAUUUCAUGAAGUUUGCUAAGAGGUUGAAGGGGAAGAAUAGGAUUUAUGUGGCUCAGGCUAUAAGAGUUGUGGAUAGUUUGAUGGGUUAUUUGAUGAAGAGGUUGGAGGGGACGGAAAUAGAUGGAGUAGUAGAUCAGAAAGAACUUCUAGCCGGAAAAGGAGCCGAUCAAAUUGAUCUCUUUAAAUUAAUCCGAUAUCUCCAAGAAAGUAAAUUAGCCCGCAAAGUCGAAUCCUACACCGAACACACACGAAACAUAAAACAAGCAUCCACAAUACCACACAACAACAAAGAAACCCCCAAAUCAACAACCCCCAUCUUACACACCCUCACCUCACUCCUCCUCGCCCUCACCCACCCAACAACCGAAGGUCAACUCUUCUUCCUCAAAUCCACAUCCACAUCUCCAUCUCCCUCUCCCGACCUCAUAACCCUGAAAUUCCAACUCCUCAACCCCGCCCCACACUUCGAAUCCAUCGUAAGCUCCGCUCGAGCCAUUAUCCUAGCAGGCGGAACCAUGUCCCCCUUUUCAGACUACACCUCAAUCCUCUUCCCCUCCAUCCCCUCGCAUAAAAUCACCACAUUAUCCUGCGGCCACGUCAUUCCCAAGACUCAUCUCUUCGCCAGUACAGUAUCCAGAGGUCCGACUGGAAUCCCUUUUAAAUGGACAUUUGCCAAUAGAGGAAAUACGGAUAUGAUGGAUGAACUAGGUAGGGUAUUAUUAAAUGUCUGUACGAUAGUUCCAGACGGCGUGGUUGUAUUUUUUCCUUCUUAUAACUUCCUCUCUACAAUCCUCUAUCGAUUUUCGAUACCGAGUUCUGGAACUGGAAGUGCAACUGCAACUGCAACUGGAACCGAAAAAGGAAAAGGAAAAACAAUACUAGAAAGACUCUCAGAAAAAAAACCAAUCUUCCAAGAAUCCAAAGAAGAAAGCGUCGAAACCAUCCUAGCAGCCUACGCAAAGAGUAUCGCGGAGGGCAAGGGAGCAUUAUUAUUUAGUGUCGUCGGAGGAAAACUAAGCGAGGGAAUUAAUUUUAGUGAUGCCCUGGGGAGAUGCGUCAUGAUUGUCGGAUUACCAUUUCCGAAUAUGCACACGGCGGAAUGGAAGAGGAGGUUGAGAUUUAUUGAGGAGAGUGCUGUGGAGAGAUUGACUUCUUUUUAUCAGGAGAAGGAGAGUAAUAAUAAAGAUGGGAAUGGGAAUGAGGAGGAGGGAAAUGGGAAGAAGAAAGAGAACAGAGAAAAAAUACAAAGAGAUCAAAUCCUCCAACAAGCUAAAGGCGAAGCGAGAGAUUAUUUUGAGAAUGUGUGUAUGAGAGCGGUAAAUCAGUGUGUGGGGAGGGCGAUUAGACAUAGGGGGGAUUGGGCGGGGAUUUUGUUGUUGGAUGAGAGGUAUAAGGGGGAGAGGGUGGUGGGGAAAUUGGCGGGGUGGAUUAGGGAGGGGGUUUUGAGGGGGGAGGGGAUGGGGAUGGGGGAUGCUGGGGGGUUUGGGAGGUUGAUGGGGGGGUUGGGGAGGUUUUGUAGGGGGAGGCGGGAGGUUUUGUAA